GCGGCGGGACACAAAGGAGACCAUAAGAAACAACAAGGAAUCUUUCACUUCAUUCGGCUCCUGAUCCACUGCAGAGCCCCAGUCCCAGGACCACCAUAGAAGCUACCGCAGUAUGAACCGAGCUUUCAACAGGAGAAAAGAUAAAUCUGGAGGGAUGACACCCCCUGAGGCUUUGGCCAAGAAUUACAUAGCGUACAAUGUCAAGUUCCUUGGAGUAACAGAGGUUGACCAACCAAAAGGCACAGAUGUCGUAAGGGUGGCUGUGAGAAAGCUAAAGUUCCAAAGGCAUAUCAAGAAAUCAGAGGGACACAAAACACCGAAGGUGGAGCUGCAGGUAUCCAUCUACGGAGUGAAAUUAUUAGACCCCAAGACCAGAGAUGUGCAGCACAACUGUCAGCUUCAUAGGAUAUCCUUCUGCGCGGACGACAAAACAGACAAGAGGAUAUUCACCUUCAUCUGCACAGAGCCAGAGACCAAAAAACACAUCUGUUAUGUGUUCGACAGUGAAAAAUGUGCAGAGGAGAUCACCUUCAGCAUUGGUCGAGCAUUUGACCUGGCAUACAGGAAGUUCCUGGAGUCUGGCGGGAAAGACGUGGAGGUGAGGAAACAGAUCAUCAGUCUGCAGAAAAGAAUUCUGGAACUGGAAACUGAAAAUUCCAAGUUGAAAGAUCGACUUCAAGAUCUAGAGGAUCACAUGGCAGAUUGUCAAGGCUCGCCGCUUUUGCAUUUGAACUCUUCUAAUGAGGCCCACAUGCUGCCGAGUCCCUCGUCUAUGUUCUGGGGUGACAGUGUCAGCCUGAACGCCCUUUCCUUUCUAGAGAUGUCCUCUGUGGCUCUAACCCCAGCCAGCUCUCCAGACUCCAGCAUCUCCGCUGGUCUACUAACCCCUCCACCCACUAAACCUGCCCAGCCCAGGCUACCGCUGCAUAAUGGAUGCUGCUUACCUCGCCCGCGAGCAUGGAGCACCAUAUCCAGACCUCCCCCCACGGACGUUUUCGACAUGGUUCCAUUCUCCUCAGGGUCUCCUAUGGCAAGGAAACCUGCCAUCAAUGGGUCCUCUCCUCCUCCUCCUCCCUCCUUUUCCCCUCCUCCACCUCCUCCACAUGUUUCCCUGAAAGAGAGAGGAACAGAUAUUUUUGGGGCGGAGUCUUUUGAUCCGUUCGUCUGCAACACAACAGCCUUUCCUCCUGACGUCCAAUCUAAGCUGGAUGAAAUGCAGCGUCAGCGACGGAGGGGUUCAAUAUGGGACUAACCCUGGAGGGCACCAUCUUCUCUCUGGACCCAGUGGACAGUCGCAGCUGACCACAAUGCAACCAGAACAUGGACAGUUGAUGCUGACCCCAACGCAACCCUAACAUGGACAGUUGAUGUUGACCCCAAUGCAACCCUAACAUGGACAGUUGAUGUUGACCCCAAUGCAACCCUAACAUGGACAGUUGAUGCUGACCCCAACGCUUUCCUUUCCUUUUGUAGACAUGAGGAUUCAUUGGUAAAUAAGUAUUUUUAUGAGAAAACAAUUCUGGGACUAUACGUCUUUCUAUAUGCAUUUAUUUAAAUGGAGACCAAUGUCAUGAUAAAUGCACUGCAGUAUAUUACUAUUUUUGUACCCCAAAAAAUAAAAUCGAUGUGUAAUUUUU